AGAGAAACCACAGUCUUUUCCCUACCCAGUUAAGAAUACAGCCCAUUAGAAUCAAGGAACAGACGUUAACUCGAUCUUGAUUCCGGAGGUAUAUUGACAUAUUUAUGAAUCAGUAUCAUCAUGCUUCACUGAUUUCCUUUCGCCCCCGUGGUGAAAUGAUUACCUUAACAUGCUCUGCAAAUAACUGCUCAAACCAGGCCUGUGCUAUGUCUCUUGACUGCAAUCUCAACAUGUUUUCCUCAGGACAGCAAUUUGAACUCCAUCUCUGCUAGCUAACAUGAUGAAUCGAGACAGCGCGUCUUGCGAAGACGAGGUCUGUGACGUCAGCUGCGAAUCCGCUGCCUCCGACGAUGCCGCCACUGGAGCUGUCAGUCUGGCCUACCCCGAAGGCGGCCGUGAUGCAUGGUGCUGUUUGGUCGGCUCGGCCUUGAUUAUGUUUCCCUCCUUCGGCUUCCAAACUGCUGUUGGCACGGUACAGGACUACAUCACCAUCCACCAGCUAUCCGGCUACAGCGUCGAAGACAUCGGCUGGAUCAGCGCGCUCCUGGUCUUUCUCACUCUCUUUCUCGGCGUACAAGUCGGCCCAGUCUUCGACCGCUACGGCCCCCGCCUUCUCCUCGCCGCAGGCUCCAUCGGCAGCGUCGCCUCCUACCUCCUCCUGGCCCAAUGCGCGAAAUACUGGCACUUUAUGCUGACGCUCAGCGUACUGGGCGGCAUUUCCUCAGCCAUCGUCACCACCGUCGCCAUCAGCGUGCUGAGUCACUGGUUCGAGCGCCGCCGCGCCCUCGUCACAGGCAUCUGCAUGGCCGGGUCCUCGGCCGGGGGCGCCAUCCUCCCGAUCGUGCUCCGCACUACCUUCGAGCAAUACGGCUGGGCCUGGUCGCUGCGCGUUGUCGCUUUCAUUGCUCUUGCCUGCUAUGUCCUCGCAAUCUUCCUCGUCAAGGGCCGUCAGCUCCCCACCACCGGCAACGGUCCCCCCAGCCGCGCCACCAUCAACUUCCGCGCCUUCAAGUCCCCGCGUCUGUGCUUCCUGGCGCUCGCAGUCUUCAGCUUCGAGUUCAUCAUCUUCGGCUGUGCGGCGCUGCUCCCCACUUAUGCACGCUACGCGGGCUUCUCGUCGCACGAGCAGUUCUACACACUGACGGUGUUGAACAGUAUGAGUCUGCUGGGUCGGGUACUCCCGGGGUUGGCGGCAGACAUCAUCGGUAGAUUUAAUGUGCUGUUGGCCAUGAUGUUGCUCACACUGGUCAUUAUGGCGGGAGUAUGGGUGCCGUUUGGGCAGCGGAACGAAGCAACGUUGUAUGCGGUCGUCGCGGUGUUCGGGUUUGGAUCCGGCGGCUGGAUCUCGCUGGCCCCCGUGUGUGCCGGCCAGCUGUGUCGCACGGAGGAGUAUGGUCGGUUCUACGGGACCGUGUACAGUGUCGCGGCCUUCGGGACGUUGUUGACGGUCCCUGUCGGGGGCGAGAUGUUGGCGGCCACGACGCCGCAGCUGUUGGUCGGGUUCUACGCGGCGGUGUUGGUUUUCGGGCUGGUGAAUGUGGUGUGUUCGCGGUGGGCGUUGCUGGAGUGGAAGUGGCGCUGGACCGCCAAGGUGUGAGUGUGCAUAUCGUACGGUGGUGCGAGACUACUGGCCUGAACCCAAACAAUAUCCC